UUUGUGUGUAAUUUAUUUUAAUCUUCCACAAAAAAUAAAAGUUGCCUUUUGUCGAUCCAAAACGACACCAAUGGCUUUCUAGAUGCUGCCAGCGUAAACUGUCAAAUUGUACAAAAAUGGUCCAGCCUGUGUACAUACUGACCUUGCUUCUUCGCAUCAGAAAUUGACAAAUAAAAAAGAAGUCAAGCAGCAAAAAACUCUGAAAAGCAAUAUGUCAAAGAAUAGGAUUUUGGUAAACAAUCAAAGAAAAUUUUAAUUUUCUUACUAUUUCCCGGCCUAGAUGGAAGUGAAAAUGCAGCAUCGGACACAGGCACACAUGUUCCAGAUACAGGUCAAAGCGCUAAUCAAGACGCUGAAAUGUCUGCAGUCGGACGAUAAAUACCAAGCGCUGCUGUUUCUUAUCUCGGCCAUCAAGUUGUACGUCAAGUUCCUGUACAACGAUUGCCAGGAACGGCUCUGCAAGCCAGUAAUACUCAAAGAGUUAAACAAUAUCGAAAAUGUGAUUGUGGUGAACCUGCUAAAAUCGCGAAGCGCGCCACCGUCAGGCUCAUCGUUGUCGGUAGCCACAGGCCACACGACCGUAUCAUCGUACGGUGACGACAUUGUUGGCAAAUCCUGCCUCGACAUUGACACCAGCACCAGUGUACGCUGUACGGAUGUGUCUCUUGGUAGUGACGGUUUAUUGUUGAUGCACCCGCACCGAACCCAUGGUUCCCCACUCGCGCCGUGGGACCUACGGGGGAAGCUUCUGCGAGGCAAUAUUUUCGAUGGGCUGCCACUAACCGGUAGCGUGGAACUAGGAACGGAUUAUACCAGCAGAGGUGGCUCGUUACUCAAAACGGGCCAACGGGUGGCGAGUGCGAAUCGAUGGUUGGGAAAUGUGCGAAUGAAUCGUGCGCUGGUUCGUAUGAUCGCAAAUCACGAUUUUAAACUGCUGUUCAACAUGUUCGAGCAAAGCAUCUUUCCUGCGUGGAAAAUUUACAAAAAUGAACGAAUAUUUGUUCGGAAACGACCCGCACUAACGACGGUAACGGUACGCACCUCGCUUCCCGCCAUUUGUUACGGUAGCGGAUCGUCCCAUUCGCCACCCGCAACGUACAUCAAGAAGGAAGAGUUCGAUUUCGAUCCACCGUACUCGAUCGCGGACGAUCAUUGUUUCGAGGAGAUCAAGGACGAGGACGACGAGGAUCUUUUGCUGAUGAAGGAAGACGAUUCGAUAGACAACUCGAACGAAAUCUUUUCGGAGGAGGAAUCAUCGACGAACAACACCUCGCUAAUGCUAUCGUCCGACACCAACACGCUAGACACAAACGAUUCGAGUAUGGUUUCGCACGAGCGCAACAAAGAACAGGUGUACCAGUGCUUACUAUGUGAUAAAAGCUAUAGGAAACGCAAAUCUCUUGUCAUCCACUUCAGCCACCAUCCGGGAUUUUGCCCCGAUUGUGGCAAGCAGCGAGGCGUAACCUCUGAGGAAAUCGUUGAGCACAAUCGAAUCUAUCACAAAAAUCGGCCUCACAUAUGCGAGCACUGCGGAGAAACCUUCACCCGGAAUCAACAGUAUCAGAUACACGUCCAGGGACAUUUUAUAAGCAAAGAUAGAGUAGCGGAGCAAAAUUGUAAAAAAACACAUAAGUACAGCUGUAAAACAUGCGGUAUCGUUUUUAAUAAUCAGAAAUAUCUCGAAAAGCACAUCCAGAAAACCAACCACCAGGCGGAAGGUUUGGUGUGCGACAUUUGUGGUGCAAUAUUUUGUAACAGUAUCAAACUCAGCCAGCAUGUAAGCCGCACUCAUCACAACGUGUUUACGCAGAAAGCUACCUUAGAAAGGAGCAUGCUCCUGCAGGGAACAAGUGUUACGGAUAAAGCCUACACCUGUGAACAGUGUGGUGCCUCAUUUCUGUCCCAGCCCUCAUUACGGGAACACAUCAAAACAUCACAUUCCGUUCCGGAAAACAAAUUCGAGUGCAAUAUUUGCAACAAACUGUUCGCCGCCAAACGGUCCCUCAAACGCCAUAAACUUUGCCAUUCGGAUGAGCGCGCCUUCCGCUGUACGGUGGAAAAUUGCAAGGAAUCGUACAAAAAUCAAUCGCACCUUGCCCGCCACAUGAAGACCGCCCAUCACAUUGAUCCACCCUCGAAACGGUUGCAAAAAGCAAAGGCAGCAGCAGCAGCCGCGGCAGCAGCAACCAGUACAGCGAUCGUCUCAUCCGCUGACCCGAGCUCGACCAGCACGGACUUUAUCGGCCACGGUGACGGUGCCACGAUGGGUGGUGGAUCGUGUGACUCGCUAAAAGGCAUCGGCAGCACGUUGAAGAAAUCUCUCGGAAGUAGCGAAAAAUCGCUCGGCGACAGCAGUACCAACUUUAGCGAUAAUCUUUCAUCGUUUAAUUACGAGUUUUCCGACACGACCGCUGGCACAUCAACGCCAGCACUUGCUGCGGCAAUCGGUACGGGUGGUGACGGAGGUUCGUCCAUGAUGCUUACCGGUACCGGCUCGUUAACGGGCAAUCGUACGUCCGCUUUAACCUGCGCCGUAACCGGUCCGCAAACUGGCGGUGCGUUUAACGAUCCCGCCAUCAGUUUCGGAUCGAAUAAGCAGCAGCAGCAACAACAACAACAACAACACCUCGGCACAUGGCAGAAUCUCGAUUUCGCAUCAUCAGCGACAACGCAUCGAUCGACAACGCUUCCAGGCGGUGUAAGCAGUAUGCAACCUUUGCAGGAUCCGCUAGCAACGACGGGUGGUAGCUUUAUGGACGGUGGACAUCAUCACAUUCAAAACCAUCAGAACAUGCAGCAACAGCAGCAACAGCUUCACCACCACCAGGCGCAUCAUCAUGGGCCAGGAUCAAUCACAAAUCAGAUGAUCAGCUCUGGCAGCAAUUUUAUGACCACAAGCAAUUUACCCGGCAGCACGAGGAGAUUCCCUCUUCCGGAGAGUAACUUCAUGUGCGAACAUUGCGAUGAAACUAACUUCAUCAACGCUCAACAGUACCAGCUGCACGUGCAGGAUCAUUUUGCUGCCAAGGAGGGUAAAGAUCAUCCGAGCAAAAAGCUGCUACGGUUAAUCUGCAAAACAUGCAAUCUGGUGUUCGCCACUGGAGCUCAGCUCGAUCGGCACAUUCUGAAAACGAACCAUCACACGGAGAGCAUAGCGUGUGAAAUAUGUAGUGCAAUAUUCAACUCCAACCUAAAGGUUUACCAGCACAUGUUAAAGUGUCACAAGAAUGAUAUUUGGUUUGCUUGUGAACAAUGCUCAAAGGUUUUCAUAUUGAAACAGGACUAUGAUAAGCAUCAGCUAGUACAUCAGACGGUUACGGAUCGGUCGAUCAUCUGCGAGCACUGCGCUUCGUCCUUCCUCACCCAGGAAGCGCUAAAGGAACAUAUCAAAAUAGCCCAUUCGAUGGACAAGAAAUACAAAUGUAACAUUUGCAACAAACUGUUCGCUGCCCGUCGAUCGCUUAAACGCCAUAAACUGUGCCACGAAGAGGAGGCAGCAUUCCGGUGUGUGGUCGACGGUUGCAAGGAAGCUUUCCGAACCGCGGCAAACCUGGCAAAGCACAAAAAGAUGGCACAUCCUACGAUACAUUCGACCGUUCCUGUAUCUGCGGGUAGUUUAAUGUCACACGACCCAAUCGUGGGUAAGGUCGACGUCGGCCUUGGCAUGGCUUCCGGAGUUAAAAUGGUACCAUCAGGUGCGAUGGUGGCGGCAGCAGGCGCAUCCAAUGCUCCCGCUGGCGCUGGUGUCCCGAUGAAAGGAAUGGAGAAAACGUUACAUCAUCAAGAUGUACCUGGUGUGACAAUGUCACCGGGAGGGCAGUCGAAUAUAAUGGGCCAACUAGGUGCGAAUCCAAUCAUGGCAUUAAAUUCUGGACCGGGCCUUAAAACGGACGGUAGAUCAUCCGCUGGCGGUAUAAUGGUGGUUCCUCCGUCCAGAACGAGUAGCGCAGGUAGUAGUGCCGGCAUGGGUGGUAUUAAUAAUGGUAGCACUGGUGCUAAUAUGCCCUACAACCCUUACGAAGCCGGAGGGAUGAACUACAACAGUGUGCUUGGGCCACCACCCGGUGUCGCUACUAGUGGCCCUCACCAUCCCCAUCAUCAUCAUCAUCACCAGCUCCAACAACAGCAGCAGCAACAACAGGCUCAGCAUGUGCAACAUCAUCCACAGGCUCAUUCUCAUCUGCAUGCCCAGUCCCAGUUUGUAGGCAUGGGCAAUUACUCUUCCCGCAGCGGCGGAGGCAACGAAGCAGUCGGCAAUCCGGAACAGCAGUCCGUUUCUAUGGCGUAUCGCAUGGGCGAAUCGGCUGUACCCCCAGGAAACAGUGCGACGGCAACAACCUCCGCCAACAUCCCGUACGGCUACAGUCAGUUGAAUAAUGCAUUCGAUUGGCAAGGUAUCGAAAUGGGAACCGCGCCUAAUGCCGAACCAGGUCUAAUCAGUGGAUCUGCUGGACAACCGCAAAGUGCACCAACUAAUAGCGGGUCCAUGAAAAAUGCUGCUAGCAAUAAAUAUUACAACGCAAUGCACGAAGCUGGAGCGGCUAGUGCAUCGGCUGUUGGUGGUCGCAAUACCGCAACGGGAUUUCUGUCCCCGCAACAAUUGCAGCAUCAGUCUCCUCUUCACUCACAACACUUACACCAUGCGCAACAGUCGCAACUUCAGCAGCAGCAGCAGCAACAACAACAUCAGCUUCCACAUCACGCGCAUCAUGCGCAAGUUGGUGGGCUGCAAAACAAACCUGUCCAGGAUCAGCACAAUACUCAUCAACAGCAACAGCAGCAGCAUAUGAUGAAUAUGAGCAAUCAGGACAUGCUGGGAUAUCAGGAUAUGUGGAAUGCAAAUAUGAUGAAAAUGGACUUCCAAGAUGAAGGAAACGGUGGAAACACGGCAAGCACUGGCCCUUACAGCAGCUUAGGAAACAUUCUUAACAAUUUAGAAAUGAUGGGUGGAAGCAAUAGUAGUUUCGAUCAGCAGCAGCAAACCCAGCAACAACAGCAACAGCAAGGCUAUGACAUGAUAUCCACUCCACGUACAAGCUCAGAAGCUCAUCCACAGUCGAGAGUGCAGUCGGCACAGUCACCCGCAUUAACGCCACAGCAAGUACAACAUCACCAACACCAUCAUCAGCAGCAGCAGCAACAACAGCAGCAGCAGCAGCAACAUCAACAACAGCAGUUGCAUCAGCACCAACAACAAGCACACGCGAAAGGAAGUCACUUCCACAAGCAGCAACAUCCAUCGCACAGUCACGCUCAAAUGCUACCUACAGUUGUAGAACCGGGCCAGAUGGUGAACCAGCACCAUCACCAGCACCAGCAACAGCACCAUCAACAACAGCAACAAUAUUUUCAGGAUCAUCAGCAGGUGGCGCAACACUCGCACCACUCCGGUUCCAUGGGCCAUUCGAUGGCAAUCCAUCAUGGGCAUAGCCAGUUGCAGCAUGGUCAUGGACAUGCCUCACAGCAAACACCGAGUCCUCAUCAUCCACACCAUCAGCAUCACUUACAUCAACAGCAACAGCAACAACAAUUGCAACAACAGUACAAUGCCCAUUUACCGCAUCAUCCACAGAUGGUGCAACAUCAUGCUCACGCACCGGGACCUCCAGGUCAAGUGGCUAGCGGAAGUAGUGGUGGCAAUGGUACUGGUGGUCCCACUCAUCUGACACAUCACAAUCCUUCCCAUCCUGGUGUUGUGCCCGGCCAACAGCAGCAGCAGCAGCAGCAGCAACAACAACAACAACAACCACAGCCUGGGAUAAGCUUUAAUCCAUCCCAGAACACGAGCGAACACCCCAAUGCCAAUGCAAAUGCUCCCGCCUUGCCCACGGAUGUAUCAAAAACACCGAACAAUCUUCCCUUCGUCGACAGCUUUACCGAGUCGAUCGACUAUCUGCAGCAGUCCUUUCAAUACGUGUAAUAACGGCUCGUAAUUGAGCCGCGUACUUUUGUCUAUUUAUUUACGUACGUUUACGUAUGUUUGAUCAUUUAGUCAAAUUGUAAACUGUAAACAUUCCCAUUGUUGCAUAAUUCUUGCGCGCUCGCGUGUGUGUGUAUAUAUGUGUGUGUGUUGUACCAAGGGCAACCAUGUGCAUACACUUAUGUAGAGCUUUAUGUAUCGCACAUUCGUCACCACGCAAUAAGUACGAUCGCGAUCGUUUCCAUCGUAUUAUCGUCCCCGUUACAUGUAGGUGUGCGCAGAGUAACUUCAUCAUAUUUUCUUAAUGCCGUAUUAACGGGCCUGGUGCAAUGGAACAGGUAAAUAGGUCCUUUUGUUUUUUGGUAGAGUUGUGUUGGAGGCCCUUCAUUUUCAUCACUGCAAAACUUGUUUAUAUUAGUGUACUAAGAAAGCAAAAACAAAUUUUAAUUGCAUAUUUUAUAAUUCAAAUCAUACACACACACACGUGCAACGUGUAUUUCGAAUCGGAUAAACAGAAGAACACGUGCAACCACACCCGUGGGGACGUUCGCUUUAGCCAUCAUUGGGGUAGACUAUCCAGCAUAUUGGGUUGUUAAUAGUAGCAAGGAAAGCCUCGGGGUAAACGGAGGAAAACUUUAUACGGUACUGCAAUACGUAUAAUACAUAAAAGGCGAGCUGUACAUGUAUAAAUAGCCGUACAUUUUAAUUAGGCUAAGUGUGAGGAAGCAAAAACAGAGAGAGAGAGCGGGAGCGGGGGUUUAAAUCAAAACGUACCCACAGUCUGCCGUUUCCCCUUGUCGUUAAAAGCAGAAAGGAAAGCAUGAACAAUAUGAUUGCGAAUAGCUGGACAUUAGUAAAGGCGCGUAAUUAGGAUAGCAUAAGAUGUUAAUAGCAGCCCUCAGGCAUGAAGAGAACCCGUUGUGUGGUGAACAGUGCUUGAGUGCAUCGAAAAGUAACAAGGAAAAAAAACUUUAAAUUUUAACUUAGCAAUUACGUACGAACUGUGUACUGUGGGACAAAAUGUGUUUGUUUUAUGAUUUUAUUACUCUAGCAUAUUAGCGUAUUGCAAUAGAAACCGUCACUUUGUUUUAGGCUAGGACACACACUGUACACAAAUGCUAAACCCAGUAGUAUAUUCGUUUAGUUUUUAUGUCUAUAGUGUUUUUUUUAUGUGAAGCUUAAGCUAGUGACGUUAAGCGUUGUUGUAUAUAAUUUAUCCAAACGGUUCGUUCGUGUUUUUUUUUGUUGUCGAUACGUAUCUCAGUCUUUUUAUUCCCUUUUGCGUAGCGCUAUUAUACCUGCAGGAUAAUAGUAAAACAAAUAGCUGUAGUGUAUGCUGUCGUUACGCUCUCUCUCUCUCUCUUAUGCAAUUCAUUUGUAAAGUAUGCAUUCGUGCAUUUAGUUGUCCCUUUUUCCUUUUAUUUUGCUAUCGGAUUCAAACGUGGAUCAUCAUGCAAAAAGCACGAUGCUGUAUUUAGUAAACGCUUAGCAAGUAAAUAGUACCGAAUGGAUGCAAUACGGAACGACAAAACAGCAACAACAACAAAAACUACACAAUAAGCAAAUUGAUAGUAGCGGAACUCUAUAGCGUUUUUAAGCAUGUAAAUUGUAUAUCCUGUAAAGCAUCUUUAAGCAAAACACACUCACCCACACACACCUGGUAUGCAGACCUACAAACACUAGAAAGAAUGGUUUUCGUACGUCCGUUCCGACACACGACACAUGAUCUCUGCUAACAACACAAGUAAGCAAACACUACAAUUUGGUAACUCUGUACCAAUAGCAUAGAAUUGUAUGUUUAGUAACGAAACGUUCUAUCAUCCACAAAAGCAAAACCACAACAACAAAAAUUGAUGAUUGAUGCUUUAAACGGGCUUUUUCUGAGCCGUUUCGUGCAGCAUAAAUGUAUAAAAAGUGAACGGAUUGUACACAAGAUGCAAAAGCUAACGUUACAACACAUUAGAAACCACACUAACCCGAAGGAGAAGAUAACAGUUGACACAUGGUACACCAAACAAAAAAGUACUUCUUCCGUAGCGGAAUGUAUCGACAGCAGGAAUCAUGUUUUGCGAUGACAAAAAACAAAUAGACGAAAGGAAAACAAUCGAAGAAGGAAAAAGAAAACACCACAAAACUUGUAAAUUGAACCUGAUCAACACAGCAGAGAACUAUUGUAAAUGCAAGCGACAGUAAACCAACAAGAGAACUCAUUUCAUUUUAAACUCAAACUGAAAGACGUACUCGACACUUACAGUAAACAUUUAAAAUAUGAAGCGAACAUAUUAAAAGCUCGCGUGUGAAUUCUGGCACUUGCCUUCCCUCCCUUUCCCCGCAAAAAAGGACAGCGAAACGAACUCUCAUACUCUCCCAAUACUCUUCGUUCGUUCAGAAUGCACAGCAACUAUUUUAUCAAAAUGAAAAGUAAGAGAAGCGAACGACGAUGCAUAACGCAUCUAUCUCAGCUCAUCAAAACAUACAAUAAAUAGAAUAUAUAUAUAUAUUAACAAGAUAUUACGGAGAAACACAACUGUUGGGUAGACAAACAAAACAAAUCGUUUGCUUAAUUGCCCGUCUCACCCCUUAGGGCGAAAGGUGAAAGUGAAUUAACGGAAACAGACAUUAAUUAUACAAACCACCGGAGCCGGAGCACCGGAAGUGAACGGGGAAGCAUUGGUAGAACGAAUGUUCGAUUACACUCUCACAAACACAGAUACACGCAAAUACACUUAUAGAUAACACUACGCUAAGAACGCAGAAGCAUUAUGCGGAAAAGGAGUAUAUGAAACGACACAAAUUAAAAUAACUAUUAAUCUAUUAUAUACACGAUUAUUAUUGAUUAUUAUUAUCAUUAUUAUUGUAACAUUACAACAACUAUUAUUGCAAAUAAAUGCUAAACCAGAAACAAUAAUUGUGAAGAAAACAAAACACUGUGAAGAAGAA